AUGGCAGACAGCCUCGUCCCCCCAAUACGGGACAUUCAGAGGAGAACCAAGGUGAAAACUGGUUGUGCGACGUGCAGAAUAAGAAGAGUCAAAUGCGACGAGAACAAGCCGUUUUGCCGGAAAUGUGUCAGCACUGGCCGCACAUGCGACGGCUACGCAUCUCCCUUUCGGCUCGUUUUUGCCAGACAAUCUAUAAACAGUAACGCCCAUGCCGGCAGCUGCAUCAAGCCAGGCGCGGCUGGUUUGCAACUCAUCCGGUCCACCUCGACCAGGGUCGAGAUCUCCCCUCAGGAUAUCGACCUCCUCGGCCGUUACUUCUCGACCAAGACCAUGUUUGAUGUGAAGCUAGGGUGUAAUGAAGAAGCCAGGCAAAUUCUCCAGGCCAGUCUGACUGAUCCAACGAUACGGCAUGCAGUCUCGUCUCUCAGGGCUCUUCGGGAACAACUCGAGGCGUCUGUCGCGCAGCGGACCCCGAGCUACGGCUAUGAUUAUGGCCUCCAGCAAUAUUGUAUAGCAUUAGGCGGCCUUGCAUCUAGACUUUCGUCCCCAAGCCCCAAGGAAUCCAAGUCGGCGUUGCUCUGCUGUCAGAUCUUCAUCAGUAUCGAGCAAGUGCGGGGGAACUACGCCGCCAUGACCCAGCACAUCAUACAAGGACUCGGCAUCAUGCACGAGUACCGCGCGAGGCCGAAAUCGCUGCUGGCUGACCGUGAAAAGAUACCGCUGCUGGAUGUGUUCAUCAUCAAGCUGUUCGCUGCGCCGUGCAAGUUUGCGGAUUCUCCAGCGACGACCGAACCCGAUGCGAGCGGUACGGCGGUUGCCGUAUGCAGGAAGCAGUCUGCCAACUCCCGCAAUCUCCGCGCGAUCGCGCCCAACAUCCGGACGGGGCUCACAAGGAUUGCUGGAACAACGCUUGAGUUCCUUGGCAGGCUGUCGCAUCUGGAGUCGGCAAGUGCUCCUCGGCUGCUGUCCGAGCAAGCAUCUCUACUAGAAUUGUUGGACUCGUGGCUCGUUGAUCUCGAACUUGUUCUUGCGGAUAUGAGACCUUCCCGGCCCGAGCCUCUUUCGGUGUCUUUCCUGCGCUUCUUCCAUCAGAUCCUGAAAGUCGCUCUCCUCGGCGCGCUAUGCUCCUCACCGGAUCUUCAUACCGAGCUGCGGACCGAGAUCGACCGAUUGCGGCCCAUAGCUGGCACCAUAGAGGAAGGAGUAAAGGCGUAUGAGACACGCGGUGGUAUGAGAAAGUGA